AUGCCUAUCGUCGAACCCAGCUGGCUAAUCAGUGGAAACAUUCUCUAUUUCCACUAUGGACAUCAGGGACUGAAUGAUAAAGGCUGGGGCUGCGCGUAUCGCUCUCUGCAAUGCCUUCUCUCGUUCUUUUCGUUGAACCAUUACGUGGAUAUGCGCGUUCCUUCGAUUCCUGAAAUUCAGCAGGUGCUGGUGGAUAUCGGAGACAAACCUGCUUCCUUUGUGAACUCUCGCGAAUGGAUUGGGAGUCAGGAAGUGGGAUAUGUGCUGGGAUCUCUCUUGGAUAUUGAUUGUAAAUACAUUAUUAUCGAGAAGGGAAGCGAGGCGAAGAAGUACAUGAAUCAACUUCGCGACCAUUUUAUGAACCAAGCGACGCCCGUUAUGAUUGGAGGCGGCGUGUUGGCGUUCACUUGCAUCGGCAUUUCGAUCCAUCCGAAAACGCAGGACGCAAAGCUGCUCAUUCUGGAUCCGCAUUACACGGGCAAGGACGAAGUCAAAUCGAUUCUAUCCGAGAAGCAGAGAUUGGAGGGGUAUUUCGGAUUUGGCUGCAGCUGGAAGACGCUCAAAGAAGUGUUCAAAGCGAGCGAAUUCUAUCGACUCUGCCUCCCUCAGCGGCCCUUCGCUUAUUUGUUUGUUUGUUGCACAAACACCGACGAAGUAGUAGAAGUAGUAGUAGCAUUUUACAAAACAAUCAGAGACUCUGGCUUCGAUUCCUGGCGAUCUGAUUCAUUUCCUCUCCCCUCACGAUCUCUGUCGUCUCGCCAAUCACCAUACUGGCAUUCCGCAGCCGCUCGGCUCUCUCCCAGACCCACAUCCUCCACAAACGGGCUUUUCACCAAUCCCUGGAAUCUCCACUGCAUGUAA